AUGUCGUUUCCCGCUGGCGGCGAACGGGCGUUGAACGCGCUCUACUUCGGCGUGUAUUCGAACUCGCUGCGAGUGCUAGACUGGGCGCUGGGCGCGCGCGACGACCGCCGGGGCGUCCUCGUGAACGCCGUCACCUUCCUCGGCUACGAGUACUCGCUGGCGGUGGUGCGACGGCUGGAGGGCAGGGCCGACGACGCCGGCUACUCCUGCACGCUGCCGGCGCCGAUCCUGCAGAAGGCGGUGACGGAGCUGUUCGAGGUGCCGGAGCGGCGGCAGGAAGACGUGCGCCACCUGCGCGAGUGGCUCGCCAAGCAGCCGCACCUGCGCAGCCGGACCGACGAUCGCUUCCUCAUCAUGUUCCUCCGCGGCUGCAAGUUCAGCCUGGAGCGCGCCAAGGAGAAGCUCGAGCUCUACCACGCGCUCAAGACGCACUGCCCCGAGAUGAUGGGCGGUGGAGACCCGCUGAGCGCCGAGCUGCAGCUUGCGCUGCGGUCGGGUGGCUUCGUGCCCAUGCCGAAGCCGCUGCCGAACGGACAGAUGCUCGUCAUUAUUCGCGUGGCCAAGCGCGAUCCCGCCAGCCGCAGCCGUCACCUGCUGGGACGCCUUCCCAUCCGCCAGAAGGGCAUGCACUACUACAACAAUCCGGCCGGCAUGGACCCGGUGCUCAGCCUCUUCAAGUCGUUCAUGAAGGAGAAGAAGCUACGGAAGCGGAUCUGGGUGCACGGCACCAAGGCAUCGCUGCUGGAGGCGAUCCCCCCGGAGUGUCUGCCGGAGGAGUACGGCGGCACGCUGGCCAGCAUCGACGUGCUGGCCGCGGACGUCGUGAAGCGGGUCGAGGCCAACAGGGAGUUCUUCGUCGACGCCUUGACGGCAAGCAGAAGUCGGCGUGCGGACCUCUUCGGCAUCGAGGGGUCGUUCAGGAAGCUGGAGAUCGACUAG